AUGCUGCUGCUGUUCGAGUCAACACACACAGUUCAGGAGUUUCGGUUGCUGCUGCAGCAACGUCUGCAGCAGCAUGUAGAGGAGCAGCAGCAGCAGCUGCUGCUGCAACCAGCAGCGCAUGCGCACAGGCCUGGGUUCCGCUGGCCCCCACCCCAGACACCCCGAGGUCAAGCCGCAGCAAACUCAGCGGCAACAGCUGCAGCAGCAGCAGCUACAGCAACACCUGCUGCUGCUGCUCCUGCUGCUCCUGCUGCAGCUGUUGCUGCUGCUAAGGGGGCCCUCUGCACCGACAUUGAGCUGCUGCUGCAGGGGGCCCUAAGUUCCCUCCCCAGCAGUGCAGCAGCCCAGGAGCAGCAGCAGCAACAACAACAACAGCAGCAGCAGCAGCAGCAGCAACAGCACUUGCUGCGGCUCACCUGUAGCAUGCGCUCCGGCGUUGCAGCAGCUGCAGCAACAGAAGCAGCAGAUGCAGCAGCAGCAGCAACAGCAGCAGCAGAGCUCCUGAGCUCGCUGCAGCCUGUGAGGGAGAGGUACUCGGACGUGUUUGUUUUUUUGCUGCGUCUCGAUGCUGCUUUGGGUGCUGUCGCGGACUGCUGGAUGCUGCAGCGGCAGCAGCAGCAGCAGCAGCAGCAGCAGCGUCACCAGCUGCAGCAGCAGCACCAGCAGCAGCAGCAGCAGCAGCAGCAGCAGCGUUUUGCUGCUAGGGCCUUACAGCUGCAGCAGCGGCUGCAGCACUUUCUGAGGGCUGUUCAGGACUUCGCCUUGACGGAGGCUAUCGAGGCAGAGUGGAAGGGGUUGCAGGGGCAGGUAGCAGCAGCAGCAGCAGCAGCAGCAGCAACAGCAGCAACGCCAGCAACAGCAGCAGCAGCAAACGGAGGUACAGCAGCAGAUGCAGCAGCAACAGCAGCAGGAAGAAGCAACCUCAGCUUCUUUGCGCUUGUUGAGGCCCACAGUCGCUGUGCAGAGAAUAUAUAUACCAGGUCAGUGCAGCAGCAGCUGUAG